GGAAGCUCAAACGCGAUGAGUAAACUGCCGCUUCCGGCGAGCUUAUUCCUGCCCGCCCUUAGGAGCCGGACCGCCUGCGCGAGAGAGCCGGAAGUUCCUCCGCCGUGCGAUCUCGCCGCUUCCUUCUCGGACGCCAACUCGCAGGGAGAGCCUCUGCCUCGGCCCGUGUGCAAGGCCGAGGAGCCUCCGAAGUGGGGCGCCAUGUUUCACGUAUUCCCCUCCAUCCCCACGCAGAUGGACUAUAAAGGCCAGAAAUUAGCAGAGCAGAUUUUUCAGGGAAUAAUUCUUUUCUCUGCUGUAAUUGGCUUUAUUUAUGGAUACAUCACUGAACAGUUUGGCUGGACAGUUUACAUAGUAAUGGGUGGAUUUGCUGUAUCAUGUCUGCUCACACUCCCUCCAUGGCCCAUUUACCGUCGCAAUCCUCUGAAGUGGCUCCCUGUUCAAGAAGUGGCAACAGAUGAGAAGAAGCCAGCAGACAGAAAAGUAAAAAGGCACCCUAAAAACUGAAAACUGGCAUAUCAUGUAUCAUUUUCUGCCAUUAAAUUUGAUCUAAAAUGUAAUGCUUCUGUUUUUUUUAUUUGGUUUCCUAUGGUAUGGUUUUAUUUGUUUUUUUAAUUUAAUUUCCUAUCAGUAUUCAGAAAUUGGCUCUGUACAGAACAAGUUACAAAAUGUAAACCUAGCAAGAGCGCCACUGCUAUCUGAUGGUUUAAAUUCUGGAUCUUGUCCAUUAAAGAAUGAGAAUGUAAUACACAUGAACAGUUUUGCCAUAUCGGCUCUAAAGGACAAGAUAUUUCCUCUGAAAAUCUCAUGCAAACAGGAAUAAAUAAGCAAGAUUCUGCAACAAGUUGAGAAGUCUACAACAAUUAAGUCUACUAAAGCAGCUGAAGAUCUUGUGUAUUCUUACAAGAAAUUAAAAGUCUAUCUUGCUGUAUCCUCAAUAAAGCCUAUAAAAAGCU